ACUCCUCUUCUUCACUUCAUUGCGCAGUUUGGAUCAUGUUUGUCAACCGCUCCUCUUUUCCCACGCACCGAUUUGUGGAAUAUUGCCCGUUUCUGGAAAAGUCGCUACAAUAAAUCGGAUAAGGAAGCGCUUAUGUGAAUAUGCUCUGUGUGUGAGGACCAUCUGUUCAAUCAUCAGAAGACAGUGGGUGUAUUCAGAAUGCUGUUUGAAAAACUUUUGCAAUUCCGUUGGGUGGCACAGAAACACGUCAGCUUUAAUUUGGCCUUUCCAAAGGACAUGAGGGUUCGAUCCCUCCAAGUGCCGGAUAUCUAUGGUUCCUAUCUCCUUUCAUCCCAUUCCUGAUUCUGACCACAAAAACUCCCCCCUCCCCCAGUCAUCUUCUAAUUCAUGACACAGCAGGAUGCAUCAUCUGUGCGUGCACUCUCCGAGCGUCUCCUUGUAGCCUCGCACAAGGGCCGAACUGAUCAUGUUGUUCAGCUCAUCAACAAAGGGGCCAAGGUAGCCGUUACCAAGAACGGCAGAACACCUCUGCAUUUGGCUGCUUAUAAGGGCCAUAUUGCUGUUGUAAGGAUUCUGCUUGCAGCCGGUUGUGACCUGGAUAUUCAAGACGAUGGUGAUCAGACAGCCGUACACAGGGCAGCUGUGGUGGGCAACACUGAGGUCAUCUCGGCACUCAUUCAGGAAGGGUGUGCACUAGAUAGACAGGACAAGGAUGGGAACACAGCAUUACACGAGGCGGCGUGGCACGGUUUCAGUCAGUCUGUCAAACUGCUGGUGAAGGCUGGAGCCAAUGUUCACGCUAAAAACAAGGCAGGGAACACUGCUCUUCAUCUGGCGUGUCAGAACGGUCAUGCUCAAAGCUCUAAAGUUCUGCUGCUAGGCGGCUCUCGCCCGGACAGUAACAACAAUGUUGGCGACACGUGUCUGCAUGUGUCAGCCCGCUAUAAUCAUGUGACUGUGACCCGAGCACUGCUGGGCGCCAUCUGCUCUGUGACUGAAAGAAAUCACGUAGGGGACACGGCUUUACAUAUCGCAGCUGCUCUGAAUCACAGGAAGACCGUACGAAUGUUACUGGAGGCUGGAGCUGACAGCAGCAUCAAAAACAAUGCGGGAGAGACGGCUCUCAAUCAGGCACGGGAGAAUGAUAAUCCUGAAGUGGCACUGCUGCUAACCAAAGCCCCACAGAGCUUCAAUCGUGGACGGACUGUGAGGAAGAGGAGGGACAGGAUGAAGACUGAGGGUCGAGCCCAGUCAGUCCCACGUGACGAGAUGAUGCAGAGAAAGGACAGCAUAUCACCAGCACAUGAAAUGCAUGGCAGCAACAAUUCACUCCGCCGAAAUGAGGCCACGUACGUCACAGAGGCCCACGAAAAUAAAAACUACGAGAAGAAAGUCAAAGAGAGGCAGUCCCCAUCAGAUGCCCUCAUCAGAAAGCAAAAUAAACACACUGAUCGUAAGCAGAAGAGUAAAACAGAGAGAUCUGUUCCAUCAGCUGCUCCUCAUAACUACAAGGCCUAUCAGCUCUACACUCUUUACAGAGACAAAGAUGGCAAGAUAAUGCAGGCCCCGUUGAAUGGCUGCAGGUGUGAACCUCUUAUUAAUAAACUGGAGAAUCAGCUCAUGGCCACUAAAGAGGAAAUCCAAUCAGAGAUUCACACAGUACAAGAACUCAUGAACAGCAAGAUUGGCCAACUGGACCGAAAGAACAAACAUCAGAUCCGAGCUCUAGAUAAGAUCACUUUAGAGCGAGUGUCAGCAGAGAGAAUCCAAUGUUUACAUCGAAUUGACAAAAGAGCAACACAAGAACGCCUGGAGGGAGAGAAGAGGCAGGCGUCAGUAGUCAAUGAUCUUAAGAACUGGUGCCUUUCUAAGAUCCAAAGUUUGGAGACACGUCUCUCUGGCGACCGCUGCACCACCAAAUUACGGCGUUCCUCAUCCCUGAUUGACAUGCUUUCAGAUCAGGAUCCUCAUUUACACCCUGCUGAGUCGGAAUCGUCCGGGGGCAGAACACAUGACUGUGCCUCAACAAAACAGCCAGAGGCAACAGACAGAGGUGAGACUGCAGCAGCAACAACAUCUGCUAAGGACAGAUCAGCCAGUUACUAUGUGAUUAAGGUGGACGUCUCACCAGAUGAUAAGCAGCCACAGAUACAGAAUCAGUCUGCACCGCAGUCUCCUUGUAUAGUUCGGCCUAAACAAAGAUCAAGGGCAAGUAGUGACCCUCACAGAGCACAAAAUGAAUGGCAGGACUCCAGUCUGGAGCAAGAAUGUGUGCUAGAUCACAAGAACCUCAAAAAGCGCUGCCAACAAAGGGCCAAGACCAAAUCAGUCACACAAACCUCGAAAGGUUCAGGAGACCGCCACACCGCUGAGACUUUCUUUGUCCAGGAGCGUGAAAACAUGCACGCGCUGGAGGUCACGCAGUACUUUUUUGAGGCUGUGACACUGCAGAUGGAGCGCUGGUAUGAACGGAAGAUUGAGGAAGCACGCUGGCAAGCCAACCAGAGAGCACAAGCUGACAGAGCCACUCUGCUGGACAGAAUAAGCUACCUGGAAGAUGAACUCAGGCUACUGAGAACUAACAAACAGGACGAGAGCUAGUAUUUAAUAUACAUGCUUGGGCAAAGUUCAGAAUUUAAAGGAAUAGUUCCCCCCAAAAUGAAAAUUCUAUCAUUAUAUAUUCAUCCUCAUGUUGUUCCAAAACCAUAUGACUUCCUUUCAAAGGUGGUGCACAAAAUAUGAUCUUCUGAAGAAUAUCCUGGCAGCUCUUUUCUAUAUAAUGAAAGUAAAAGGAGACUGGGGCUAUCAAGCUCCAACAUGGCAAAAAGUUCACUGGAGGGGAAGAUUUUCAGUGAGUAACGACUUAAAUUUGGGUCAGUUUCUCUCACAAAACCAUCGUAUGACUUCAGAAUACUUCAAAUAUAGCGCAUGCGUCAUGAGUACUACUUUAUGGUGCUUUUGCAUGCUUUUUUGAAGCUUGAAAGUAUCAGUGUCCAUUCAUUAUAAUUGCAUGGAAAAAAGUGACUAGAGCAAUGAAUACAAUUUUCUCCUUUUGUGUUCCACAGAAGAAAAUGUCAUAUGGGCUUUGAACGACAUGAGGGCGUGUAAAUGAUGAAAGAAUUGUCAUUUGGGUGAACUAAUUCUUUAAGAAUUGGCUCCCUUUCAAUUGACGAGUUUGAAUUUAAAUUGAAUUGGGAGGUCCCACAGGAUGUUAAAUUGGAAUUGAAAUUGGAAUGACAACAAGAGGAUUUUACUUCAUUGCAAUUUAAAGAAAUUCAACUCAGUAACAACAAUUUACGUAUUAGUCCAACAUAAGUGACAAAACAUACAGUAAUUACUUUAAUUUUGAAUAAUUAUGCCUAUUUAAUCCCUUACACUUAGAUUUUUUUCCCCCCUCAACUGAUUAGACAUUCAACACUGUCAAAUAAAUUAACACAGCCAUUAAAAAAAGAGUUUAAUUUUGCCUUACAGCACCACAAAAUAUCCACCUCAUUGUUUUCAAAUAACUACGGAAAAAAUUAUAUUGAAAUCAUAAUUUUAAUCUGUUGAUUAAUUAAGAUCACAAUUAAUUUAUUAAGAGCUAUAACAAAACAAAUGUACUAAUAAUAAUGUUUCUGUAAAUUAAGUAUUCCAUUUGGCUGUGAUUAAUUCCAUGGUCCAUGGAAAUAAAAAAAAAUAAAAUA